UAAUAAUAAUUUUUCCCCAAAAAAAAACUCGUAAACCCUAUUAUUUCCCUUGUCUCUCUAGUCUCUACCCUCACUACACUCCGAGCAUUGCAACUCGGCGAUUGCAGGUCUAAGGAAAACUCUUAAUGAUCGUUACCAUUAUCUGAGAACGACGAAAAUUUAGAAAAAAAUGAACCCAACCGCGGUCAAUUUCAGUGGCAAUCUAAAGAAAGCACUUGCUGGCCUGAGACGUAUCAAUUUGAACGGGCUCCGGUGGCGAGUAUUUGAUGCCAAAGGCCAGGUUCUUGGGAGGUUGGCAUCUCAAAUUGCGACUGUUAUACAAGGCAAAGAUAAGCCAACAUACACACCCUAUCGUGAGGAUGGAGACAUGUGCAUUGUGCUUAAUGCAAAAGAUAUCUGUGUAACAGGAAGAAAAAUGACUGAUAAAUUCUACCGAUGGCAUACUGGGUAUAUAGGCCACCUCAAGGAAAGGAGUCUCAAGGACCAGUUAGCUAAGGAUCCCACAGAAGUUAUACGCAAAGCUGUCUUGCGCAUGCUUCCAAGAAACAAACUGCGUGAUGAUAGAGAUAGGAAACUGAGGAUAUUUGCCGAUGGUGAACAUCCUUUUGGUGACCGCCCGAUUGAACCUUAUGUGAUGCCUCCUCGAAAAGUGCGGGAGAUGCGGCCCCGUGCAAGGCGUGCUCUUAUUCGAGCUCAGAAGAAGGCUGAACAGCAAAACCAACAUGGUGGUACUGAUACAAGAAAACGCAUAAAAAAGGAAGAAGCUAAAAGCGACUUGAGCGUGUGAGGAGUAAGUAGGAAAACAUCGUUUCUUUGCAAUGGUGAAGAGUUUUUUUCCCUUCAAUCUUCCUGCAAACUAUAACUACUAUAUGUGGAAUCGGUUGAUAAGAUAGGUUGCUUUUUUGGUUUAAAGCCUGCUGAUUUUUGUGGUGGUCAAAUUGUCUUUCCUGGUAGCGAUUGUAACAAUUGGCAUUUGUAUGCUCAUUAUGAGAAUAACAAUUAUCUCUUUUUUGA